UUGAAAUUACACAUUCAUCAUUUUAUAUCAAUUCGAAAACUCAAAAUGUAUAGCAGUUACUUAUUUUUACGAAACGAUCUACCUGAAACCAUAGAAAAUAAUGGAAACGAAGACCAGCCGAAGAUAAGAAAACCCGACUCAUCAUUAGGACUGACCAAUUUACCGAUUGAGCUGUCAAGGAGAGCUCUACAAAAAAAGGAUUUCAUUUUGACAAUCAUGGUUGUGGGAAAAUCAGGUUUGGGAAAAUCAACUUUGAUAAAUUCGAUGUUUCUAACUGAUAUUUGUGAAUAUGUGGCAUCUAUCGCCCCGAAAACAGUGUCUAUAGAAGCCAAAAGUGUAUCAUUGAGAGAAAAUGGUAUCAAUCUGUUAUUAACCAUAGUAGAUACACCAGGAUUUGGUGACUCCAUCGAUAAUACUAACUGUUUGAUUCCGAUAAUCGAGUUUUUAGAGAAACAACACGAUAACCACUUAAAGCUAGAACUAGGUCAUUCAACACCGGUGUGCGAUCUACGCGUACAUUGCUGUUUAUACUUCAUCCAACCCACCGGUCAUUCUCUGAAACCACUAGACAUCCAAUUCAUGAAGACACUUUCUAACAAAGUAAAUAUAAUUCCAGUAAUAGCCAAAGCAGAUACAUUAACUCCAGAAGAACGUACAGAAUUCAAAACGCAAAUUAUGAAAGACAUCACUGAAAACGAUAUAAAAAUCUACGAAUUCCCCAAUCUUCUUGGCGACAUCGAAGAGUACAAACAGAACAAACUGUUCAAAAGCAAAGUACCAUUUGCUGUGAUGGGUGCGAAUACCGUUAUCGAAAUUAACGGUAAAAAAGUCAGAGCUAGAAAAUACGCCUGGGGUACAGCGGAAGUUGAAAAUUUGGAACAUUGCGAUUUUGUCGCUUUGAAGAGCAUGCUGCUUCACAAGCAUUUGCAAGAUGUCAUCGAUGUAACGGAUAACGUUUUUUAUUUGGAUUACAAACGGAACAAACUCGCUCAAAUAUUGAGCAGCUGCAAUGUGUUCGAAUCGAAAUUAUUUUGUCGCAUACAGAACAAAGAAAACAGUGAGGAACAAAUUGAAAUUAAAACUGAAUAAACUUUCAAUCAAACAAGUUCUAUCUAUUUAGUGACGUGAUAAAGAUAUUGUAGUGGGUAAUAAACAAUGGAAAUUUACUUAUACAACAGUGCGAUCCAGUGGCGCAGCUAGAAUUUAAGUCUGGGGGGGGGUAAUGGUAAUAAAAUUUAAGUCUGGGGGAGGUAGUGGUAAUAUUGGAGACUUUAUUUUUAAUAAUACAUUUUAGUACGUAUAAAAAGUUAAGGUUUAAAAAUUAUUGGGUGGUAUUUACCAUCAUUACCCCUCCCCCCUGUAUAUACGUCCCUGAUGCCAUCUAGGCAAUUUUUUUAUGUAUUAUAAUUUAAUUUUAAUAGUUAACUUUUGAAAUGUAGUCAGGUUUAUCGAAAGUUGAUGUAAUAAAUGUCAAAAAAUUACGUAUUUUGACGGAUUUUCUGAUGUCAUAUUUUGACCAUUCUGUUGACAUAUUUUAACAGACUGACUGAAUGUGAUUGAUGUCACAUACUUUGAUUACUAUACGAGGCAAGAGAGAGGUCCGACCUCAUACUUGAUUACUAUACGAGGCAAGAGAGAGGUCCGAC